AUGUCGUACUACACGUUGUCGAUCGGAAUCUAUAGGUAUAGAGAAGACCCGAACCACCGCUCCCAUUGGGGUUUUCUGAUUUUCCGUCAGGGAAACGAAGUUGGAAACCUCCUGCACGUACAGUUGAUGUCUUUCGAAGGAUUGAUUUAUCAGUUCGAAACUCGCAGCGGAAGGGUACUUUUAGGUUAUAUCGAACCGACAAAGUAUAAUCAGGUUGUGGAUAUCAUAUCAAAAGAACCAGCACCGCGGAACAAUAAAGAUCGAUGUCAAGACUGGACUCUAGAUUGCGUGAUUGCACUCGAAGCUGAGGAAUUACUCCCUGCCGGUACCUCAGGUUGGAUUGAAGGAAUCGUCGGGAAGCCUUCUAAAGACGUUGCAGCAGCAGUGGGUGGGAGAUGGACCGCAGCAAGAAGGUAG